UGGACGCUUUGCAGAAAGUUCACGAAACGCAGUGAUUUCUUUUCUCUCCUCCGUGCCGUGCUCCUCGCCAUGGACGCGUCGGGUUGCCUGGAAGCCGUACGUUGCCACUGAUAUAGACCCAUGAUAGGGUUAACGCUGUUCUCUGCUCCUGCUCAGAGGGAGAGGAGGUUAGGAGAGGGAGCAAUCUGAUUAAAGCUGAGGAAGAGGAAACAUGCACUUGCCUGUCUGCUUGUUCCCUGGAUCUGGUGGUUGAAGGUUAUGUGCGCGGAGCUUUUUUUCUUUUUUUUUCCUUUUUAAUUUUUUUUUUUUUUUUUGUGGAUUGGGAAAUUUGGAGGAAAGGGAACCAGUGAUGGUUGCCUUUUUGCAUUUAAGGAUUUUUCACCUGUGGACUUGACCCUGCAAGAAAAAAAAAAAGCAACAAAAGAAAAGAAAAAAAAAGGAAAAUUAAUAACAAUAAAAGCUCUAUUGCUGUUUUUUUUUUGUUGCCUGCAUCUGAACACACCUGGGCUUGCAGCACUCGCCUCCCUGUCUGUGCAAGGCUUGGUCUCACUGUGGAAGCCAGCAAGAGAAAGAGAGUGACAAGGAGCCGUAGACUGAUCGCUGGAGGCUUAAGGACAAUCAGCCACCUUCUGCAGAGCAGGGACAGCUGGAGACGAGGGAGCUGGGGCGCUUCCUUUUUUUUUUUCUUCUUCUUUUUUAUUAACCUUUUUUGCAUUUGACAAAUAAGGGGAAGGAGAGUGGAGGACAGAGCCUGACGCUGGGAGGAGAGACAGGAGCAUGUGGAUACUGCUUGUCUUCUGGUUCCAAAGCAUCUUAAAUGUUUCUAGUGAAGAUCUACAUGCCAGCCUAUAUUUUAUCAAUGCAUCUCUGCAAGAGGUAGUAUUUGCUAGCACCACGGGGGCUCUGGUACCCUGCCCUGCAGAAGGAGUCCCUCGUGUGACGCUCAGAUGGUACCUAGCAACGGGCGAGGAGAUCUACGAUGUCCCUGGGAUCCGCCACGUCCACCCCAAUGGCACUCUCCAAAUUUUCCCCUUCCCUCCUUCAAGCUUUAAUAACUUAAUCCAUGAUAAUACUUACUAUUGCACAGGCGAAAACCCUUCAGGGAAAAUCAGGAGUCAGGAUGUCCACAUUAAGGCCGUGUUACGGGAAGCGUAUACGGUCCGAGUGGAAGAUCAGAAAGCCAUGAGAGGCAAUGCAGCAGUCUUCAAGUGCAUUAUCUCCUCCCCAGUGGAGGCGUAUGUCUCCUGGGAGAAGGACACAGUCUCACUUGUCUCAGGAUCUAGAUUUCUCAUUACAUCAUCGGGAGCCUUGUAUAUUACAGAUGUACAGAAUGAGGACGGAUUAAAUAAUUAUCGAUGUACAACGCGGCACAAAUAUACGGGAGAAACGCGGCAGAGUAACAGCGCCAGACUGACUGUAUCAGAUCCAGUCAAUUCAGCUCCAACGAUUAUUGAUAAGUUUGAACACCUGACAGUAAUGGCAGGUCAGAGAGUGGAGCUGCCAUGUAAAGCCUCUGGAUACCCGAUACCCCACACCCGAUGGCUAAAGGACAAUGUCCAGCUUGAAAUGGGCAGCAGGUUCCGGAACACAGUUGUAGGUUUGCUGAUUGAAAACACCCGAUCGUUAGACUCUGGAACGUAUAUCUGUGAAGUAUGGAACAGCUAUGGCAACGCAGAGGUGAUUGGAUCUCUGUAUGUGAAACAACCCCUAAAAGUGACAAUCAGUCCGCCGAAGGUGAAGACCAGCGUCGGUAGUCAGGUGACAUUGUCAUGCACCGCUUCUGGUACGGACGAUCCUGACAUUACCUGGUACAGGAACGGCGAUAUUGUGAUUAAUGGAAACAACGUUAGAAUAACUGGUAUUAGUCGUGAAACCCUAAUAAUGGAUGCCGUGGCGAAAAGUGACAGCGGUGCUUACCAGUGCUUUAUGCGCAAGGAUCGGAUGUCGGCCCAGGAUUAUGCUCUGGUGGUGCUCGAAGAUGGAACGCCAAAAAUUAACUCUGUGUUCAGCGAGAAGGUGGUGAGCCCCGGAGAGCCCGUGUCCCCCAUGUGUAAUGUGAAAGGCACGCCUCUACCCACCAUCACCUGGACCCUGGACGACGAGCCCAUCAUCAAGAACGGCAACCAUCGCAUCAGUCAGAUCAUCACCUCCGACGGCAACGUUGUCAGUUAUCUAAACAUCACCAACACCCAGGUGCGGGACGGGGGAGUCUACCGCUGCACUGCCAAUAAUUCCGCCGGAGUCGUCCUGUACCAGGCUCGAAUAAACGUAAGAGGUCCAGCAAGCAUUCGACCAAUGAAAAACAUUACAGCAAUAGCAGGGCGGGACACGUACAUACACUGCCGUGUGAUUGGCUAUCCAUAUUACUCCAUAAAGUGGUACAAGAAUUCUAACCUCAUCCCAUUCAACCACCGCCAAGUGGCAUUUGAGAACAACGGAACGCUAAAGCUGACCGACGUACAAAAGGAUGUAGAUGAAGGGGAGUAUAUGUGUAAUGUCCUUGUCCAACCGCAGUUGUCCACAAGCCAGAGUGUCUACGUUACAGUGAAAGUUCCGCCAUUCAUUCAGCCAUUUGAGUCCCAAAGAUUUUCCAUUGGACAGAGAGUGUUCAUCCCCUGUGUUGUGGUCUCUGGCGAUCUUCCCAUCACAAUCACCUGGCAAAAGGACGGCAGGCCGAUUCCGGCCAAUCUCGGGGUGACCAUCGACAACAUUGAUUUCACCAGCUCUCUGCGGAUCUCAAAUCUGUCUCUGAUGCACAAUGGAAAUUAUACCUGCAUCGCUCGGAACGAUGCUGCAGCUGUAGAACACCAAAGUCAGUUAAUUGUUAGAGUUCCUCCUCGAUUUGUGGUGCAACCCACCGACCAAGAUGGCAUUUUUCGAAAAGCUGUGAUACUGAAUUGCUCUGCAGAGGGAUAUCCUGUACCUACCAUUGUGUGGAAGUACUCAAAAGGUGCCGGAGUUCCCCAGUUUCAGCCAAUCGCAUUGAACGGAAGAAUACAGCUUCUAGGUAAUGGCUCCUUAUUGAUAAAACACAUUCUGGAGGAAGAUAGCGGAUACUACCUCUGCAAGGUCAGCAACGACGUUGGAGCUGACGUCAGCAAGUCCAUGUAUCUCACCGUUAAAAUUCCUGCAAGGAUAAUCUCCUACCCCAAUACAACGCUGGCUACCCAAGGUCAGAAGAAAGAAAUGAAUUGCACAGCACAUGGUGAAAAGCCCAUUAUCGUGCGUUGGGAGAAAGAAGAUCGCAUGAUAAAUGUACCAGAAAUGUCUCGAUAUUUGGUGUCCACAAAGGAAGUGGGAGAUGAGGUCCUCUCCGUGCUUCAGAUUGUACCAACUGUUCGAGAGGAUUCUGGUUUCUUUUCAUGUCAUGCCAUCAAUUCAUUUGGAGAAGAUCGAGGCAUCAUCCAGCUAACCGUACAAGAACCUCCAGAUCCUCCAGAAAUUGAAAUCCGGGAAGUGAGAGCUCGGAGUAUCGCCCUGCGCUGGACAAUGGGAUUCGAUGGCAACAGCCCAAUCACAGGCUACGAUAUUGAAUGCAAGAACAAAUCAGACUCAUGGGAUUCAGUUCAGAGAACCAAAGAUGUCUCUCCUCAGCUAAACCAAGCCACAAUCAUUGACCUGCAUCCCUCUUCCACCUACAACAUCCGCAUGUAUGCAAAAAACCACAUUGGCAAGAGCGAAGCCAGCAACGAGCUCACCAUCACCACCGAGGAAGCAGCUCCUGAUGGUCCUCCUCAGGAAGUCCAGCUAGAUCCCGUCUCCUCCCAGAGUAUCAGGGUUACAUGGAAGGCCCCCAAAAAGCACCUUCAGAAUGGCAUUAUACGUGGCUAUCAGAUUGGCUUUCGGGAGUACAGUACAGGGGGAAAUUAUCAGUUUAAUAUCAUCACUGUGGACACCACUGGGGACAGUGAGGUGUACACUCUGGACAACCUAAAGAAGUUCACUCAGUAUGGCGUGGUAGUGCAGGCUUGUAACCGGGCCGGGACAGGGCCAUCUUCUCAGGAAAUCAUCACCACCACACUGGAGGACGUACCCAGCCGCCCUCCAGAGAAUGUCCAGGCUGCUGCAACCACACCAGAGACAAUAACCAUCUCUUGGUCUACUCCUCCCAAAGACGCCCUCAAUGGCAUCCUCCAGGGGUUCAGGGUUAUCUUCUGGGCAAAUCUUCUAGAUGGAGAGCUCGGUGAAAUAAAAAAUGUAACCACAACUCAGCCAUUACUGGAGCUGGAUGGUCUGGAGAAAUACACAAACUACAGUAUCCAGGUGCUGGCCUUUACACGGGCUGGAGAUGGUGUGCGCAGCGAGCAAAUAUUCGUCAGAACCAAAGAAGAUGUUCCAGGUCCCACUGCUGGUGUUAAAGCUGCCGCAGCCUCCGCUUCCAUAGUUUAUGUAUCGUGGCUCCCCCCUUUAAAACUAAACGGAAUAAUCCGAAAGUACACAGUGUUCUGCUCACACCCCUACCCUACGGUGAUCAGUGAAUUUGAAGCUGCACCGGACACCUUUUUCUACCGAAUACCAAACUUGAGUCGGAACAGACAGUACAGUGUGUGGGUGGUAGCCGUGACUUCUGCAGGAAGAGGCAAUAGCAGUGACAUCAAUACUGUUGAACCCGUGGCUAAAGCUCCUGCUCGAAUUCUGACUUUCAGCGGUACUGUGACGACACCAUGGAUGAGGGACAUCGUUCUGCCUUGUAAGGCCGUUGGGGAUCCUGCUCCCGCAAUCAAAUGGAUGAAGGAAAGUAACGGGACACCCACUCCAGUAAUUACUGAUGGGCGAAGAAGCAUCUACAGCAAUGGAAGUUUUAUAAUCCGUACAGUGAAAGCAGAGGAUUCUGGGUACUACAGCUGCAUUGCCACAAACACCUGGGAGACUGAUGAGAUUGUCCUCAACCUGCAGGUGCAAGUGCCACCUGACCAGCCUCGGCUUACCGUCUCAAAAAGUACGUCUUCCUCCAUAACGCUGUCUUGGAUCCCUGGGGAUAAUGGCGGGAGCUCCAUCCGAGGUUAUAUACUCCAAUACUCAGAAGAUAACAGCGAGCAGUGGGGCAGUAUUGCCAUAAGUCCCAGCGAGCGCGCAUACCGUCUGGAAAACCUAAAAUGUGGCACCUGGUACAAAUUUACCCUCACGGCCCAAAAUGGAGUCGGACCCGGGCGCAUCAGUGAGAUCAUAGAGGCUAAAACCCUUGGGAAAGAACCUCAGUUUUCAAAGGAACAAGACUUGUUGGCCAGUGUCAACAGCACUCGAGUGAAGCUUAAUCUCAUUGGCUGGAAUGAUGGCGGUUGCCCAAUCACAUCAUUCAACUUGGAGUACCGGCCUUUUGGCACAACGGUGUGGACCCUGGCACAGAGAACAUCACUAUCCAAGUCUUAUAUACUCUAUGACCUGCAGGAGGGAGCGUGGUACGAGCUACAGAUGAGAGUGUGCAAUAGCGCUGGGUGUGCCGAGAAACAAACCAAUUUUGCCACGCUCAACUACGAUGGCAGUACAAUCGCGCCACUCAUAAAGUCCAUUGUGACGAGCGAAGAAGGUCUGUCAAACAACAAGGGGAUAAAAAUGCUGGUGACAAUUUCCUGCAUCCUCAUCGCCGUCCUGCUUGUCUUCGCCUUGCUGCUGUUUGUCAGGAGGAGGAGGAGAGAGCAGAGACUGAAGAGACUGCGAGAUGCGAAAAGUUUGGCUGAGAUGCUCAUGAGUGACCAGGCCAUAGAUCUCCGUAACGCUAGUCCACUCCCGGUGACCGGCAGAGACGGACAGCUGGAGAGGGAGUCAAAGCAACGACCCCCUCGCUACCGGAAGACCUGUCACCAAACCAGCAAGAACACCCGGACUUCAGACACCCUGAACAAGCAGCAGACGCUGAGGAUGCACAUAGAUAUUCCACGAGCACAACUUCUUAUAGAAGAGCGAGACACAAUGGAGACCAUUGAUGACAGAUCGACGGUGCUAUUGACUGAUGCCGACUUUGGCGAGUCAUCAAAACAGAAGUCGUUAACUGUGACUCACACGGUGCAUUACCAGUCUGUCUCGCAGGCUACGGGGCCCUUGGUGGACGUUUCUGAUGCUCGCCCUGGAACAAAUCCAACCACGAGAAAGAACGCCAAGGCCGGCCCAGCAGCUCGGAACAGAUAUGCCAGCCAGUGGACAUUGAACAGACCGCAUCCCACCAUAUCCGCACACACACUGACCACAGAUUGGAGACUACCCACUCCCAGAGCCACAGGCUCUGUAGACAAAGAAAGCGACAGCUACAGUGUCAGCCCAUCGCAAGACACAGACCGAGCAAGGAGCAGCAUGGUCUCCACGGAAAGUGCCUCGUCUACCUAUGAAGAGCUAGCAAGGGCAUACGAGCAUGCCAAGAUGGAGGAGCAGCUAAGACAUGCCAAGUUCACCAUCACAGAGUGCUUCAUAUCAGACACAUCAUCAGAACAGCUCACAGCAGGGACUAAUGAGUACACGGACAGUAUAACCUCUAGCACACCCUCAGAGUCCGGGAUAUGCAGGUUUACUGCAUCGCCCCCUAAACCCCUGGACGGAGGAAAGGUGCAAAACAUGGCAGCCCCAAAGGCACAUCGGCCAGGUGACGUGAUGAACUUACCGCCGUACCUUAGGAUGGACUUUUUAUUAAAUAGAGGUGCUUCAGGAACUAGCAGAGACUUGGGCUUAGGGCAGGCUUGCUUGGAACCUCAAAAAAGCCGAACCCUGAAGCGGCCCACAGUUCUGGAACCAAUACCCAUGGAAAACCCAUCAGCAAGGGAAGUACAGUCAUGGCAGUCCAGUGGUGGGGCGACGGCGGCUGCACCGGUACCGCCACGAGAAGCCACAGAGCUAGGACAGGCAGCUAAAAUUAGCAGUUCACAAGAAUCGCUACUGGACUCCAGGGGUCACUUGAAAGGAAACAACCCUUACACAAAAUCCUAUACCCUGGUAUAACAACUAAACAAAAAAGCUUGUAAAUACAAAAAAAAAAACAAAUGCAAAUCAAAGCUACCUUUUUCUACGAAAUUCCAACAUUUAUAAUUUAAACAAAAGAGAAAAAAAAAGGAUUGCCAAAACAUUUAAAAGAGGAAUUUACAGACAGUGCAAAGACUCUUCAUUAUUUUUAUUUUACCCCUUUGGAUCACCUAUACAACAUUCAUCUUCCUGGAUGUCAAACUCUUUAAAGGAUUUGGGUUAUUUUAUUGCCGCGUUUGUACCACUUUUCUACAGUCUGGUGCAUGAGAACAUUUUACUUGAAAAUUUCCAGCACACCCAAAUUACAAAAAAAAAUUUAGUAAAAAAAUAUCCAGACGUUGAAUGGUAUUGUUAUGGAGAAAAAUGAUUUAGUUAACAUUCCUUUUUUUUUUUAAACUAAUAUUCAUAAGUCAUUAUUUUUUGUUACAUAGAAUUCUAUCAGAGAAGAUAGACUUUUUCUCAUUUAAAUUAUCUUUGACUCGUUGAAUUUUGUCCUUGAGAAAUAAAGGGUCUCUUGCCUUCUGCUGUGAUACCUGCUUUAAUUUA